AUGACGUUCAUACUGCCUCUGCUGAUCAUCUGCUCUUCUUUACGGGGACUCGGUGCUUUCACGGCGGAUGCAAGCCCGGACCCACCCCGCGAGAAUCUGCAGGUGACCGGAUCGGUGGAGCUUAGUCAGCCAGACAAAGGUAUCUCUUCUACGGCUAAAGCAGAAGAGAGUCAGCGGGCACGUGAGCCCCAGGUCACCAGAGAAGAGUCCCCGGUUGUGGACGGCAGGGGUCUGCAGAUGCAGCCCACCGCCGAGCCUCUGGAGGAUGAGCUUGACAACCAGGAGAAUAUCAUCAGUCAGCUGUUGGGGGAUUAUGACAAAAUAAAAACGGUGUCAUCGGGGUCAGACUGUGUGUGCCGCUGUGUUGUUCGACCACUAAGACGCUCUGACUGCAGCCGUGUCCACGAUGGCGACUCAGCAUCCCAGCCUCAGGCUUUCUACACUGUUGAAACAACCACAAAGGGAACAGACUGUAAGAAGUGUGUGUGCAUGGCUCCACCUUCAGCUGUCAACCCCUGUGAGGGAGAGUACAGGUUUAAAAAACUACAGGAGGCCAGCAAAGAUGACAUCAAGCUGGCUACUAUCAUGGACUUGCUGGAAGGCUCUUUGUUUGGAUUGGACCUGUUAAAGCUCCAGUCUGUCACCACCAAACUGCUGACUCGGGUCGAACGCAUGGAGAAGGAUUUUACCCGAAACAUGACUGAAAUCAUGAGAGAGAAAGAGCGUGUGAAGGAAAAAGCAAAAGAAAAGGAAAAAGACAAGAAGGCUCAGCAAAAGAAAAAGAAAAUGAGCGAUUUGGAGCGUUUGGGAGUUAAAAGCGGAGCAGCUGGCCACACCAACAAGCAGAAGAAUAAUGAAAGUCAAGCAAAGAAAAACCAGCAACAAGAUGGUGUGGAGCAGCAGCAGCCAACCAGGAAUGAGACAGACAUUAAAAGUUCAGUCAAAGACAAGAACAAUGUGUUUAUUAGAGGAGUAACCUUUUACAAGGCGGAUGAAGAGCGCUACGCGGGAGAGGAGGAGCUAAAGAAAGAGAAAGGGAAAACUCCUUCAAAGCCCACAAAAGCUGAAGGAGACCCAAAGAUCUUUGACAAGGUGCCAUCUGCACCCAAAAGUCGUGGACCUGCAGUGACAUUUUCCAAAGAACCAAACAUUAAGCAAAAUAGUCAGAGCAACGACUUCCCUAUAACCUCUCCAACGAGCAGCAAACAAACCUCCACAACAACUACAGCAACACCCAAACCAACUCCCAUCAAACUACCUGGCCAAACCCAUCCUACAACUCCACAAACUACAACCAAACUUACAACUACAGCCCAACAAACACGCACAGCAACCAUUCAGUACACCACUCCCGCCACUACCUUGUACUCAGAUCCCAAUACCAGUCCACCCAGUGGUCCACCCACGCCAGCAGAGUCUCAUCCAAAGUCCAAAAGCCGAAUCAGCUGGACGGAGAGCCCUGCUGACCAACCAAAGGCCACCAGAAAACCAGGUUUAUGUAAGGACACGGUGGCCAGCAUCUCCGAACCGGUCCAGCAGAACUCCUACGGUCUCAGUGAUGGAGCCUGGAUGAGAGAUGCUCGUGGCCAUGGUAAUGUCAUCUACCUCACCAGUGGUCACUAUGGCGACAGCCUCCUGGAGUUCCGAGACAUGGAAACUUUUAAAUCAGGUCAGGUAAGCAAUUCCUACAAGCUGCCCUACAGAUACACUGGAACGGGUCAUGUUGUCUUUAAUGGAGCGUUCUACUACAACCGAGCAUUCAGCAGGGAUGUGAUCCGAUACGACCUGAGACACAGAUAUGUGUCUGCCUGGACAACGCUACAUGAUGCAGUCCUGGAGGAGCAAACUCACAGGACACAAACUGAAGUGGAGCUGGCUGUGGAUGAGUCUGGCCUCUGGCUGCUCUACCCAGCUCUGGACACCGAGGGCUUCCACCAGGAAGUGAUCCUGCUCAUCCACCUCCAUCCAAGAGACCUUCAGCCAAUUAGAACCUUCCGCACCGGUCUCCGGCACGGUCGCUACGGCAACACCUUCCUCGUGUGCGGCGUGCUGUACGCCGUGGAUAGUAUGGAACAGCGCUUUGCAAACGUUACGUACGCCUUUGACACACACACACUUACACAUACUAUGCCGAGUCUGGCGUUCACAAACACACACAUGCACACCUCCCAGGUGGCUUACUGCCCACUGGACAAGAAGCUGUAUGCAUGGGACAAUGGACACCAGAUGAUGUAUGAUGUCAUCUUUGCUUAUUAAAGUGAUGAGAGGAAUUAUCGUCAGAUGGAUGUUCAUUAGUAAUGUGUAUCUAACAGAAGGUCAGACCCUGGCUGCAACAGAUCAUUGGUUUGUAUACGACUGUGGAUCAGUCAGUUGAGUUCCAUGACACAGACACACACACACACACUGGGCAACCACUGAAUGAUCUACAGUUGACCAGAUCUCCGAACCUUGCCAAAAAACUGUUUAUGUGGAAAUGACUCAAAGAUUCUUGAGCAUUCGUUAACAGACCUCCAACAACCGUGUCUUCCUGCAGAGACCAGUAGAAUAAUGGGCUUCUUCGUUUGCUUCAGCUCAGUGAGGGUUUUCUAAAGAGUUGGCUCUGGAAUCACUAAAGCCAACUGAAGAGGCAGUCUGACUCAUGCUGCCUGUCACCCUCCAGUACCUAAAGGGGACAGUUCAUGCUGUUUUUACCUGCUUCAAAGCUUGCAGAACAUGUAACUAACAUUUACUGAAAGACCCUCAAGAAAUCUGAAUUUGGGACAAGUUUUGGUCACUUAGUGAUUGCCUGGUGAUCUCCAUCCUGUGGAAUGGAUUAGCGCACAGUACACUUCUAGAUUUUAUGUUUUAAUGCCGUUUUAAUAGACAAUGAUGCACAAAGUUUAAAAAAAUCAUUAGCAUGGAUAAAAUGUUCUCUUUUUCUAAAACAAAACGUGGAGUGAUCUCACACAGCUGCACCGUCUGGCACCUCAAAAGUCACAUCAUGAAAUGAGACUGAUCAAAUGAAAAGAUCUGAUUUCAUGGCUGUUUAAGGUUGUUUUGUGUUGUUUACUGGUGCUGGUGACAGGUCACCUGGUGAAGCUUUAUUUUUAAAGACUUUCUGUUCUGAAACAGCUUUUAGCGUUCUAAUAAAAACAGAAUAAUCUCUGUUUAAGAGUUUAAAGGGCACUUUUAAGUAAUAGCCCAUAAAGGAUCGAGGCUCUUGUGAAAGUUAAGAUGUCUCAGUUUUAAACCAUUUCUGUGUAAUUCGUACUUUGUCUUUUAAAGCCUGGAGGUCAGUCGGCUGAUUCCAGACUGAUCUUUGUGUUUUUAUCCAACAAGAGCAUUAAGCUUUUAUUUGAUGACAUAAGGAAGCUCGGGACACGUUUUAUGAUAAGGUCAAAGUUCGUACUGUAUUUGUCAUUUACUGUACGCUUUCUUACUGUUUCUGUCACAAACUCCAUGCAGAAGGAAGGUUCAUUCGUGCAAAACAUUUUUCCACCCAGCACACUUCACAUACUGUUUACUUGCCAAAUCCCAAGACAAGGUUGAUAAUGACUGCAUUGAUGAAAGUUUUUGUUUUAAUUUAUAAUAAAAAUGUUUGAAAAGA